GGACUCUCUGAUACAACAGCACACAGCAGGUACACCAGCCUGCAGAGCCUGAACUCUGAAAUCUUCUGUGUUGUCAGAGCUUCAGGAUGCUUCCUGUGGAGGACAGACAGCGUGGUGCCUUCACUGUCCUGCUGGUCCUCACUGUCCUCGCUCUGAUACCCUCCUGCACAGCUCAGUCUCAGGUGAUCGGUUCCUCUCAACCAGUAGUGGCGUUAGCAGGUGAUGACAUCAUGUUGCCGUGUCACCUGGAGCCUGCUGUGGAUGCAUCUAACAUGCUGGUGGAGUGGGCGAGGCCUGAUCUUGAUCCCAGGUUUGUCCUGGUGUGGCGUGACGGUGUUGAACUGGAAAGUAAAAAACAUGGGUCCUACAGAGGAAGAACUUCUCUGUUCAUCAACCAACUGGAACACGGAAACGUUUCACUGAAACUCUCCACAGUGAAAAGAUCUGACGAGGGAACGUACAGAUGCUUCCUUCCAGAUUUACACAACGCCCCCCUGAUUCAGCUCGUUGUAGGUGUGGUCUCCUCUCCUGUGAUCCAGAGCAGCAGCAGCAGCAGCAGCAGCAGCAGCAGCAGCAGCAGCGUGUUGUUACAGUGUGAGUCUGACGGCUGGUAUCCAGAGCCUGAGCUGCUGUGGCUGGACGCUGAGGGAAGCGUCCUCCCUGCUGGACCUGCAGAGACACUCAGACGUCCUGAUGGUCUCUAUAAUGUCAGCAGCAGAGUGACUGUGGAGAAGAGACACGGCAGCAACUUCACCUGUAGAGUCCAACAGAAGAGCAUCAACCAGAGCAGAGAGACACUCGUCCACGUUCCAGAUGAUUUCUUCGUGGUCCCCAGUACUCCUGGUCCUCCUGGUAGUCCAGGUGUUGUCAUUGGCUCAGUUAUUGGUUGUGCUGCUCUGCUGUUAAUUCCUGCAGUUGUCUUUGCUGUGUGGAAAUGGAGACAAAGGAAAUCCAAAACCAAGAGCAGGAGCCCUGAGGACGGACCUGAACACACUGAGGGAGAAAAGAGGCUCACACCUCAAAGGGAGAACUCAGGACUUGAGGUGGUGAUGGAGGGAGGAGAGGAAGGUGUACCACUAAUGUCAGGAAGAGAAGAAGAGAAUGAUGCUGAUGAUGGAGGAGAAGAGGAGAUCAGAUCUCAGAGUGAACAGAAAGACAAAACACACCAAGAUCAUCUGGUGACAAAACCAGACAUGAACAGGACAGAAGGAGAGAGGGGAGCUGAAACAGUAACUGAUGAACAAGUAGCUCUGAUUCCAGCAGAACAAGAGACGCUGCAAAAGAAGAACACAACAGGAAGACAAAUAUCUAAUGAUUAUAGAGAGCAGAGGGUAGAACCAGUAGAAGAAGAUUCAGGACAGAAAGAGCAGCUGAAAAAUCUCCUCACUGAUCAGAAGGUACCGACACGAGAAGACACAACAGAGGACGAGGACAGGAGAGAAGCAAACACUAGGAAAAUAAGAGGAAUGACAAAUAAAAAGACGGAGCAACAGCAAGGGAGAAAAGUCAGGAAAUAUGAGGGGAGUAGAGCAGAACAUGAAGAUAAAAACCAAGAAGAAGAGGAAGAAAACCUGAGUCACAUUACUAACACAACAGAUAAUAGAGAGAGAGAGCUGCAUACAGACGUGCAAGAAAAUACAAAGAUAGAGCUCAAACCAGAGGAAAGAGGAGUCAAACAACAGGUCUCUUGA